AUGGGCAAAGUGGCAACACCAACAAGAAUAAACGAGCUCGCGGCGCUGGUACUAGCGUUAGUGGAAUCACUAACGGUCGCGAUCGAGAUCGCAAUGAGGAUCAGAAGCCACAACGGCUUUCGUCGAAACAACCAGGAAAUCUUACAGCAACAGCCCCCUCUACCUCGGACCCAUCGGAAGUCCAAGCCGGGUCGACUUCUCUAGCAGACUCAGAGACGAUACCAGAGCAGAUACUCAAUGGGUUGGCCUUGGAUAAGGACGCUGGUACCCCAGGAACCGGUGCGGACGCUCCUAAUGGUUCUGGUGCUCAGUCUAGACCAACAGUCCCAAAGCGGUUCUCGUCGGGUCGAAAUGGGUCGUCCGACAUGGGGUAUGGUCCAAUAGGAUCUCCCCCAAGUGGCAAUCCACUCUCUUCCGCCAUGGGUAUGCGACCGCCUUUUUCAUCCCCUCUUGGUCAGAAUCAUUUCUCUCCAGGCACAAGCCCUACCGCCAAUCACAUCCAGCCCUCUACCUCUCCCUUUACACAGGGUGAGAGAAUGCAGCAGUCUAUCUUCGGUGCUUAUUCUCGUGGUAUGCCUAGCGAGCGAUCUGAACAGAGUCCUAUCGCCAUUCAAAGGCAACCUUGGCGUCCACCAACCCUUGCCGAGAGGACUGAGAACGCUGUUGGCUCAGAUGAAGAAGACCUCGAGGAAUUCCUUCCGUCAUCUCUCAAUGACCUCCUCACUCCUGAGGAGAGACGUCGCCGCCUCAGUCGCUCUGGUGGCCCCAGAAUGACAUCUGCAGCCCCGAAUGACGGCAGCGUUGGGAAUAUCGGGCUUGGUAGCGUUGGUAGCAUGGGUAUGACGAGCAACCAUCGAUAUUCGAGGUCCGUUCCAGCUGCUCGACUCUUGGAUAAUCCUUCCAUUUGGAGAGACAAUGACCGGGAGACUGGGCAUCUUUCUACUGCUUCUCUCUCCUUCCGUAGCAAUGGUCUUGGCAGUGAAGGCUUUUCACCCACUCAGAUCCAAAUGGGUACCUCGAAUGCUUCGGGUGCCUUCCUACACGGCCCACAUUAUACACGCCCGACUGCAGUCAACUCCAACACCUCCUACCUCACUCGACAAAUCCUGUCCCAAUCGUACGAAGAGACAGACGUUCUUGGUGCUGUUCCAACUCCCGCUGCCAUUGCUGCCAGAGCAGGAAAUCGAUAUGAAUCUCCCUAUACCCAGGCUUCAUCCCGAGUGGUUCAGCUUGGUACCGAUGCGCUAUCCCCGUCUUCUCGAGCUCUGCAAUCACAUGCUCCCGGCCAAAGCUUGCCUCAAGGUAUAGCUGCCGGGUUCCGUCUGCACCUCGUACCUUCAGCAGUGGGCCAGCAGAGUGGUAUGAAGUUGCCAGGAUCAACAAUGAGCAUGGGCAUGGGUAUGGGAAUGAACGCGAUGCCCGAUGGAGCAGUCAAAGCCAACCCUCGCAGCCCAUUGAGGUCUCAAUUCUUAGGAAACACUGUAGGGAGCCCAUCCAACUCUGGUUUAUCGUCCCUUGGUGGUGAUAUGACAAACAUAUCUGCCUUAUCGUCUUCUCCCGGUGGCGUCAGCGCUAUGCGCACGACUUCUUGGGCAACAUUGGCACAAAAUCUACCUUCAACUGGCAUUUCUCCCUCCGCUUCCACCCGUCUUGCUGCUGUCAACACUGGCAGUGUUCCCGGAGCUCCGAAGCCGUCGGAUGACGAUACCCUCUUCGACUUCGAUUAA